CGGACCGAGUCGAGAACACGAUGGCGACUGGUCAUUGCGUCCAACGUGGGGGGUUUGUUUUGGCGCAGAUGUGCGGCGCGGUUGACCACUGAAUAGGGGAACAGACUCCGCAUCAUUCUCCCUUUGAGAAAUCAAAACAAGGGUGUUCUGUUCUUGCUAAAAACGGCCCGUCUUGCUUGCUUGUGCUGUCGAUGAAUUUCCAGGUCGACCGCGGGCUGAGGGUGCCGGCCAACAACGCGAGGGGCGAGAUGACUUCGCCUUCGCCCGCCAGCUCCCAGUCUCUUCACAGUUCAACUGAAGAGAGCGGUUCGUCCUAUGAGGCGAGGAGGCAUCCGGAUGCGACACCAUUUCUCUGUUCCGUCCGGUUCCGUUCACCACGCCGUGUUUGGGACCUCGUUCCCCUGAGCGUGCGGCAGUUCGUACGAAAUCAGAGCAUCGGAAGAGACCUUGUUGGUAUGACUCUGGGAAUUACGAUUGGAGCAUCAACCAUUUUACUCAUCCUCUUCGCCCUGGUGUUCGUUUCGAAACCCGACUCCUCCAUACGGUCCUUGCCCUACGAGUUCAUUUCCGGCAACCCUCUCUCCUCGGAUGGGAACUCGGACGAACAAGUCCUGAAUCGUUGGCUGGCGGAUUACUCCCGCUCGGUCAUCCCCAAGCCAUGCCACUCCCACAACGACUACUGGAGGCCCUACCCCCUGUUCUCGGCCCUCGUCGCCGGCUGCACGGGGGUCGAGGCCGACAUCUGGCUCAGCGACGACGGCACCGACCUCCUGGUCGGCCAUGACCGCGGCGCCCUUUCGGCCAACAAGACGCUCACGACCAUGUACCUGGACCCGCUCAUGAAGAUACUCGACGCCGAGAACCCCGAGUCUCACUGGGCGAACCACACCCCAUACGACCAGCCCAGGGGCGCUUUCAAGACGGACCCCAACGCCACGCUGGUCCUCCUCAUCGACGUCAAGUCCGACCCCCGGGACACCUGGCCCCUCCUCGUCAAGCAGCUCGAGCCCCUCCGACGGAAGCAGUUCCUCACGCGCUACGAGCACAUCCAGGUGGGCCCCGGCUUGAUAACAAAGCAGAGCCGGUGGCCCGCGGCGGUGACGGUCGUCGGCACGGGCAACCUCGACCGGCGCACCUUUUACGACACCGACCACCGGAGCUACCCGGACUUCAACGCGUACCACGACACCUUCAUCGACGCGCCCCUGGAGAUCCUGCCGGUCGAGAACACGUUCUGGCGGUACGAGGGCAACGACCCGGACUACCGGGGGGCCAUCACGUCGUCGAGCCGGAUGUGGGACGUCGACGAGACGUACAUGACGUCGACGUCGUUCAAGCAGGCCAUCGGCUCCGUCCGGACGGGCUUCAGCGGCGCGCAGCUCGCCCGGCUGCGACAGCAGAUUAAGACGGCCAGGCUGAGCGGGCUGAGGACGCGGUACUGGGACAUCCCGGACUGGCCGAUCGGGUAUCGGGAGUACAUAUGGCAGGUGCUGGUCGAGGAGGGCGUCGACCUGCUGAACGUGGACGACUUGGAGGGCGCCACGAGACGGGGCUGGGUGGAUGGCUACAUCAAGGACGUCAUCUGGAUGGCUGUGGUCUCGACGUACAUCUUCGGCUGCGGCUUCGCCAUGCUCGUCAUGUGGCGGCGCUACCUGAGGAGGCAGUGGAUGCAGAGGAUCGCGGACGCAAACAAUGCUGAGCUGAUUGGACAUAUGGGGGCGGCGUAGAGGCUGGGCUUCGACGACGGGAUGAGUUUUUUGGGUGAUGUUUUGAAUCUUUUCAUGUGUUUAAGCGAGCAUGAGUGAAUGCUGCAUUCUUGGAUGGGGCGUUGGAAGAAUCGGGUUUUCAUAGACGUUGGUGUUUUUUCCCGAAAUCGAGGCCAUUAAUGUCAGCCCAGACUCAUUGCGUCAGUGAGGAUCAGAGUGAGUGACGUUAAGAGAGUGAGUCGAGCAGGAUCAUGAGAUAUCACGAAGAAAAGUAUUC